GGUGGUUCCCCGGGACCUGAAAUGCGGAGUGGGGCCCUCGGAACUGUAGUUCCCGAGGUCGUAAGUAGUGACACGACCCCCGGAAACCCAAGUCCAAUUGACCGGAAGUGGGCGCGGACUCGCCGGAAACCGAGAUCCUGGAAGUCGGCCGUAGGGAGCGGGGCCGCCGGGAACUGUAGUUCUCCGCGAGCGGGGCUGGCUACCUAGUGGCAUGGCGGGGCUGGCUACCUAGUGGCAUGGCGGGGCUGGAGCUGCUAUCGGAUCAGGGCUACCGCGUGGACGGGCGGCGAGCCGGGGAGCUGCGCAAGAUCCAGGCGCGGAUGGGCGUGUUCGCGCAGGCCGACGGCUCGGCCUACAUUGAGCAAGGCAACACCAAGGCGCUGGCGGUGGUCUACGGGCCUCACGAGAUCCGGGGCUCCCGGGCACGAGCCCUGCCUGACCGGGCACUGGUGAACUGUCAGUACAGUUCAGCGACCUUCAGCACAGGCGAGCGCAAGCGGCGACCACAUGGGGACCGCAAGUCCUGCGAGAUGGGCCUGCAGCUGCGCCAGACCUUCGAGGCAGCCAUCCUCACACAGCUGCACCCUCGUUCCCAGAUUGACAUCUAUGUGCAGGUGCUGCAGGCAGAUGGUGGGACCUACGCAGCUUGUGUGAACGCAGCUACCCUGGCAGUUAUGGAUGCUGGGAUACCCAUGCGGGACUUUGUGUGUGCAUGCUCAGCUGGCUUUGUGGACGGCACAGCCCUGGCGGACCUGAGCCACGUGGAGGAAGCAGCUGGUGGCCCCCAGCUGGCCCUGGCCCUGCUGCCAGCCUCAGGCCAGAUUGCACUGCUGGAGAUGGACGCCCGGCUGCACGAGGACCACCUGGAGCCGGUGCUGGAGGCUGCUGCCCGGGCUGCCCGCGAUGUACAUACCCUGUUGGACCGUGUGGUCCGGCAGCAUGUGCGAGAGGCCUCUGUCUUGCUGGGGGACUGACCACCUGGCCACCACGCUCUGAAUAAAGUCCUGCUUCUCUGCUCACACGA